AUGGGUACAUGUCCCUACAAAUUGAAAAUGGUAGAGCUGCUUGACCCUAAAAAGAUGUACUUCAGUUCUAGAGUGAUAGCUCAGGAGGAUUGGACCCAGAAGAAUAAGAAACGCCUUGAUGUUAUUCCGGGGAAAGAAAGUGCUAUUUUAAUACUUGAUGACAAGGAAAAGGCCUGGAAGAAGCAUAAGGAGAAUUUGAUAUUGAUGGCAGGAUACCAAUUCUUCGCUUCAAGCAGACAUCGAUCUGGAAGAGAAACCAAGAAUUCUACUUCUGAUGCCUCUGCCUCUGGCACUAUUGUGAAACGACCUAAAGGAAUGGUUACUUCUAUGGUUUCUACCAACCAUAGUGAGAAACCUGAGAAGUUCCAUGGCUGA